AUGGCAGACGUCCAGGUGCACUGCGGCCCUUAUGAAUCCAUCUCGGACACGGCUUCUCCGGGUCUGCUCUUCCUCCGCCGCUUACUGCCGGCGCUCGACUCGCUUGGGCCCUUUGACGCCCGCGACGGCCAGCGCCCGCCGCAACUCGUCCGCCUCCUCGCUCCCGACGCCACCUUUGUCAUGAAUGGUGGCCCGCCGCUCCCAGCCGUCGACGUUCUCCAAAUGCUGCCCAAGCGCGCAGAACGCCUCGCCCGUUUCCGCCACGACGUCCGCAUGGCCUGGGACGUUGCACCCCGCGGCGACGGCUACGGCGACGGCGCCGGCGCCGGGCGCCGCACCGUCAUGUACGAGUCCACCAGCGUCUCCGUCUUCAAGGCCGACCCCGAGGCCGUCGAGGUUCGCGUCGCCGAGUUCAACGUCGUCGAGCUGGUCCUCGUCACGGACCCGGAAACGGGCGAGGCGUCGCUCAAGGCGCUUCAGCUGCGCGCCUUCUUGGACGGCGGCCCGGUGACGUCAAGGGCCCAGAUGAUUGCUGCAGGGGAGUAA